AUGGCAGUCCAUAAAAUCGCCCUCAUUAUCGGUAGCACGCGCACCAUCCGCGUCGGACCCAGCGUUGUAAAUUUCGUGCACAAGACCAUCCUCUCCUCCAACAUUACACCCGUCCCCUCCAUAAGCAUCGUCGACAUCGGCAGCUUUGGGCUCCCCGUCUUCGACGAACCCGCCAUUCCGGCUCAGGUACCCGCCCAAGGCUCCUUCAUUCACGCGCACUCCGUUGCCUGGUCCGCCGAAAUCUCCAAAUACGAUGCCUACAUCUUUGUUUCCCCAGAAUACAACUACGGCAUCCCGGGCGGGAUCAAAAACGCAAUUGAUUAUUUGCACAACGAGUGGAUUGGGAGGCCGGCGAUGAUCAUUACGUAUGGGGCUAAGGGAGGACAGUCGGCGAAUAGGAAUUUGAAUGAGACGUUGACGGGGAUGAAGUUGAGGGUGGCGGAGACGAGCCCGGAGCUGCAGUUUGGGGGGGAGGGCAUGGAGGAUACUUUUAAAGCGGCUGGGGGGGUGCUAGGGGAGGACACUUUGAAGUUGUGGGAGGAAACGAAGGAAGAAGAUGUGGUUAAAGCGUUUGGGGAGUUGAUGAAGCUGUUGAAAACGCCUUUUGAGGAUGUAAAGGAGCCUGCACAUUAG